AUGGCGGACUCCAACGAGCAAACAAGGAUGCCCGAUACUGUUAUGUCAGCCUUGACCUGGUUUCGGACUGUUUUCGUCAAAGCGUUUGCCCAAGGAAGUGUCACUAAGAAAGCUCUGUCCAAGAUCGUGCGACAGGACAAGGAAUUCCUAGUGCAUUUUUUCCAACUGAUGGACAACGACGAGAGUGGCACAUUGUGUUAUCAGGAGUUCGUGGGUGGUCUUCUCCGUCUAGGCAGAGGAAGAAACGUGUCUGAUAAAGCGUUCAGUAACAUUACCCUGGCCUUUGCCCUAAAAGCUGGCUCCGGUGGGGAGGUUAACAUGACAGACUUUAUCCCAUUGUGUCUUGAGGCCAAGCUGUCGGAUUGCCUGUUUCUCUUUUUUGAUCUGAACGACAGUGGAGCAAUAGACGUUAAAGAAUUUCUGAUGGGCAUAGACAAACUUGCCAGAACAAACACAGAUAUCAAGUGGUACUCUUGGGCCGAAAAGUGGUUUAUAAAGAAUGCUGCUGAAGAUGGAUACAUUUCAAAGGAGCAGUUCUUGACCUAUUUAAAUAUUUCUAAGUCCUCAUUCGCUGACAGCUUGUUUGCCGUGGUCGACAACGACCAGUCUGGCUCUGUCGACGUCACCGAACUAAUGCAAGUGAUACACGUGCUAACUCAAGGCUCGGCUACAGAACGUCUACUACUGCUGUUCCGCAUGUACGACGUGGACGGAGAUGAGCGUCUUAGUUACGACGAAGUGACCCUUGUUCUUGAGCGAUGUCUGGCCGACAGUUCCCUGGAAGGAAAAGAGGACAUCGUUGGGAAACUAACCAACGUGCUAUUUCAACAACUUGAUACAGACAAGAGCGGGGACGUGUCCUUGGCGGAGUUUGAACUGUUUCUUAAUCAGUACCCGAAAAUAGCCGAGAACCUCACCAUAAGCUUUGCAAACUGUCUUCGCUCUGAACAACGGAAAAGUCUAUUAUCAAGAGAUCGGAUACAGCGUAAUCUCGCCAGGAAGAUGUCUUUGAUCAGCAAUUACCGAAAUUUCAUCGUGUUUUGGUGCCUUUUUACUGCAGUAAAUGUGACCUUAUUCGUGACGGCUGCUCAUCGGUACUGGGACAACCAUAACAUAUUUGUUGUAUUGGCUCGUGGGGCUGGGCAGUGUCUGAAUUUCAACUCGGCCUUCAUCGUCGUGUUGAUGUAUAGAAACAUUAUCACGUACCUGAAGUCGACGAUGAUGAGAAAGUACCUGCCUCUGGAUCACGCCAUCGGUGCUCACAAAAUCUGCGGGGCAGUCAUCGUGGUCUUCGGUUUGGUCCACACCGCCAUGCACGUGGCUAAUGCAGAAAUCACGACGAGAGAGACGAAUGCUACUUGGGUAGAGGUUAUGUUCACCCUGCGCCCCGUGGGAUGGGUGGGAGGAUCCGCCUUUAUAACUGGUUGGGUCUUGUCAGUACUAGCAGCCAUUGUCGGUCCCUCCGUGAUAUGUCUGCGAAGACGAGGCUAUUUCCAGGUUUUCUACUGGAGUCACUGGUUAUUCAUUGGCUGGUGGGCUGUCCUGGUGAUUCACGCCUCUAACUUCUGGAAAUGGUUGAUAGGACCCCGGCCUACAGUGUACCUGCUAGAGAAGCUCUGGCGUCAUUGCCACAGUCACGACAGGACAGACGCCUGCAUACGCAGUAUACAAUCGGUAGAUUCCAAGGUAUCCGAAAUUAUCAUUGAACGUCCUCCACGCUUCAAGUUCAAUGCUGGGGAAUAUAUUCUCAUCAAUAUAGAGGCGAUUGCGAAAUUUGAAUGGCAUCCCUUCACUAUCAGCAGUGCUCCAGAACAAACAGACUUUCUCACUUUACACGUAGAAGUCAAGGGCGAUUGGACUAGCAGACUGAGAUCUUUAGGAGAAACCAUGUGUUCAGGCGUUCGUAUUGAACAAAUUGAAGACGAACUCGAUGUCAGGACAUGGCCCCAUUGGAUGCUCAGUGAAAAUAAAUUCAGGGGAGACAACCCUUCUCCGUUCGGUUACUCAAACGAUGCGUUCGAACUAGGACAGCAGAUGAACCAGGAAUCAAAGGAAGAAGAGCAUGUGGAAAGCCAGUUUGGUGCACCAUCUACAGAGGUGUAUGACGUGGAUCACGCUAUUCUGAUUGGAGCCGGCAUUGGUGUUACAUUCGCCAGCAUUCUGCAAAGCAUGGUAUAUAGACGGAAGCUCCAGCGUGCCAUAUGUUCGAGCUGUAAGCAUUGGUGGAGAGUUUCCUGGGCGGACAGUUUCAUUAGAACACCUAGGAGAGUUGACUUCAUCUGGGUAACCAGAACGUUUGACGCUUUGAAGUGGUUCCUGGAUGCUUUAAGCGAACUCGAGGAAGAAGAAGCUUCUAGGAGAGGAGGAAAAAUUCCUCAACAUUUUUUGCAUGUUACAUCGGCAUUGGGACAAAGUGACAUCCGGGCGGUGGCCUUGCAGAUGGCGCUGGAGUUGUGUCACCAGGAAGAGUUUCGUGACCCACUGUGUGGUCUCCGAACGAGAGUACAGCCUGGGAGACCAAACUGGAAGAAGUUGUUUGACAACAUACUGAAGACCUCUGAAGGCAGGAAGUGUGUGUUUUAUUGUGGACCACCUCGGUUAGAGAAAACUCUGAAGAAACUCUGUGGCGAGUAUCACUUGGGAUUUAAAUCGGAAAAUUUCUGAGGGGGAGAUAACUCUAGAUCUCGUGGAACAAGUUGAAUCUGGUUGUUACAGUAUAUUUGUUUGCAGAGCAGAAAUGUAAUUAGUGCUAAAGAAAUUUCUUCCCAGAAUGUUGAUUUCCAAAGUGCCUCCGAAUUUAUUGCUUUUUCUUGCAUUUUAUGAUGUAUCAUCUAAAUUAUUAUGCACGGAAACGUG